GAGAGUAUAAGAGAUCUGGAAAAGUGAAGUAAAGAUUCUCUGAGAUCAGCUAUUCACCAUCAGUUGGUUCUUCUCUCGCAGGAUUUUAACGUUAGGCUGAAGUCUCCAUCUGACUCUCAGUAUGGUGGAGCCUGCUGAGCUGCUGCUCAUCAAAGACCAGUAUGAGAUGGCGUUUCACUCCCUGAGUCGUGGGUUGACCGCCCAAGAGGCUGGGGAAAGAGCGGAGGCCCUGGAGUAUUACAGAAAGGGCCGACAGCACCUGACGCAGGGAGUGGAGAUUCCCACUGGGGGGGAGAGGCACCAUGGAGCGGCCUGGGACACAGCCAGGCAGCUUCAACAGAAAAUGAGGGACACUCUGAGUACUGUCAACACCCACCUCUCUGACCUAGAGACCUCACAGCCGACAGAAGGAGACCAGAGGCAGCGACUGUUACUGGAACUUAACAGCCAGCCUCCCAAUAGCUCUCUCCUCCACCUGUACCCCACCAUCCCCCCCACCCAGAGCACAACCCCAACCCCAAUUACACUCCCUCCCCGUCCUGUGUCCUCUCCUCUGUACAGAUACUCCCUCUCUACAGCAGCUCCAGGAGCUAUAGCCAUGGCUAAUCCAGGGGACCAGCCUCCAGCGUAUACACCAAAUCCCACAGACGGGCACAGCAGCCUGGCUUACGGCCCUGCUGGAGCCGGCCUCUGGUCGGGGCAACCGAGCAGAGUGGUAGCAGCAGGACGAGAUGGAAAUGAGUUGCUUUUUGUCCCCUCUGGUGUGCAGAUGUUUUUCGUGGCACCAAACGGACAGGUCAGCUCCUUGUCUAAUCCCGGGUUCCUGCGGAUCAUCACGUUUGAUGCUGAGAACAAGGAUUCCACUGCGGGAAAACCCUCAGCAUUUCUACAUGUAUGUAAUUGGCUGUACCCACUGACAGUAGAAACUCCAGUGCUGUUGGCCAACUCCGGGAUCUUCAUGUUCCCUGACUCCUUGGCAAAUACUCCAGGGUCCUACGUGGGCAUAGUGCUGUCCUCUGAACUGCCCGCUGCCUACAGAGAGAUGUUUGUGGACCUCCUAUCACAGCUCACAGAACUCAGGAUCCAGGGUCCAGAGGGGUCAGAGGUCAUCAACCUGAGUAUGAAAGUCCCCCUUGGUCCCAUGGAACAACAGACAGGACUGACAGGGGAGAAGGAAAAACCACCACUUCCUGCAUGGAGUGAGAAGAUGGCACAAGGAAUCCUGACAGGAGCAUCACGGUUAAGUCAAGGGCUUGUUAAAGGAGCAGAGGCCACAGGUCGGGCCAUUCAUAAAGGAGCGGCCAAGAUCCGGGACCACGUCACGCCUGAGGAAACCCCCUCAGAGGUCAGCCCCGGGGUCAACAAAAGUCUGCAGGUCGCUAAACAGGCCACUGGGGGUGCUGUGCGAGUCAGCCAGUUCUUGGUUAAUGGAGUGAGUGCAGUGGCAGGACAUGUGGCAGACAAGGUGGCUCCACAUGUUAAAAAACAUGGUGCUAAGCUGGUCCCAGAGUCCAUGAAGAGCAAAGAUGGCCAGCCUUCGAAUUUGGAUGGAGCCAAGUUAGUGGCAGCCACAAGUGUUCAAGGUUUUUCUACUGUUUGGUCCAGUCUGGAAAAUGGAGCAAAGCUUGUUGGCAAAAGUGUUUCAGCCGAGACCGUCAAAACUGUGACCUACAAGUACGGUAAUGAUGCAGGUGAGGCCACAGACACAGCUCUGCGGUCGGUGGUCAAUGUCGGUGUCACUGCGUACAACAUUGACAAUCUGGGCUUCAAAGCCUUCCUGAAGAGCGCAGGCAAAGAGACGGCCAAGGCCAUGGUCAAAAGACCAGACGGACAGUCAUCAGACACUGAGGCGAAGGAGGCGCCGAAGAAAGAAGAUAAAGAGAUGAAAAAAUAAGAUUUCCACAGGACGUGCUUUAGUGCUGUGGUGGGUCACUUCCUUAUUUGUAGAUUUAUAAAAGAAAAUAUAGGGCAUGGUUUUAGAAGAGAUGUUUUUUUUUAUAAGAUAAGGAACUAAAAACAAAUAAACAAACUCAGGUAUUAGCCUGAAUCAAAGUCCAGAUCUAAAGCUAUUUAAGUUAUUUAUAUAUAUGGUUUUGUAUUGUUCAAUGUGAAUUUAAACUUUUAGACAAAACUACUGAUACUUGUAUUGUAGAACUGUAAGCUUUUCAUUGUUUUUGUGUCUCUCUCUCUGUAU